AAAGACACGGUAUUCCUGUCUGGCGUUGAGAGAUUAUCACCAUGAAGUUCUUCAGUCUGCUGUCGCUAGCGUGCGUGUCGUGCAUGGCCCUGGCCGCUCCCGUAGAGCAGGAAGGGGCCAUGAUGACGGCAUCAUGCGUCGACCCUUUCGCAGUCAGCGCCGCCGGGUUGGCCCUCGGCAAGAUCAACAUGGACCGCCAGGAGGGCUACGUCCUGGCCCUGCACCGCCUCGCCAAUGUGAACCAGAUGGCACACGCAGAGACAGGAGUUGUGUUCUACCUUACCAUGGACGUUGUGGAGACAGACUGCCAUGUUCUCACCAAGGCAAACUGGAAGAAUUGUUCACGGCGACCCAUGGAGGAAACCCCGGUGUAUGGACAGUGCAAAGCUGUCAUCUACAUCAACAGGCCACAAAGGGUGGUGCGCCUUUACACAUACAAGUGCUUGAUCAGGCCAAUUCCAGCUUUAGGGCUUUUGGUGAUUUGCCCCGACUGCCCGACUCACAGUGCCUUUGAUAACACUAACAUCCUGAAGGCUAUGACCCUCUCCCUGGACAAAUUCAACAAGGAGAGUGGCCUCUCACAUCGCUUCCUUCCAGGCAAGAUCAGCCGUGCUGUGUCACAGGGAGGUAUUAUGGAGGCCUAUAGCGCUGAAUACACCAUCCAGGAAUCCACCUGUGCCCCCGGCGAUGUCAGCUCUCAAAAUUGUCCCCUGAUGGAUUGCGAGUUUGCACACAAGGGAUUCUGCAAAGGUUCCCACGCAAUCAGCCAUGGCGAAGAGUUCUUGGACGUUGCUUGUACACUCUAUGAGCCUGAGUCUGCUGAGAAGCAGAAGACGCUCCAUCAGCUGGGAGGAGAGACGGACCACAGCCACACCGACACAGCCUCAAUACCCCAUGACCACGCCCACUCACAUGACCAUGCCCACGACCACACCAAGGGAGACCCAGCACACGCUGGCCAAGGGAGCCCGCAUAUGCACCCCAACCCCCACACUAACACCCACUCCCACGCCCACGACCACACACCUGGCCAAGCCCACGACGCCGACCACGUGCACUCCCACCACGCCAAAGCGCACAAUCACACAGGCGACAGCCCCAGCCAGCAUCACCAGUACACUCACGCCGACGACGUGCACAGCCACGACCACGACCACGACCUGGCCCUGGACCACGACCACAAACACGCCCACCUGCACGAGCAUGAACACCACCACCACCACCACCACGGAGAUGCCGGCACCCCCGCCAAGCAUCCCCACCACCCAGACGGCGUGGUGCUUUUGUUGCCCGCCAUGGGCGAUACCACCACCACCAUGCCCACUUUCCCCCCCGAGAUGGCAACCACAAAGCCCAACAUCGCUGACCCUGACAUCAUGGGCCAGACUGAGCCUGCCAUCCUGCCUUUCCCCGGCUCCCAAGCGACAGCCUGCCCCGGCCCUCUCACCGAAGGGGCCGGUAACCCGCUAGUGGACAAGGCCUUCGCCGAUGAUCCCCUGUUCAAGCCUGCUGCAUAAUGAACUAAUCAGAAAAACAUACACAUUCGCGCGCACACACACACACGACACACACAUACACGGAUACACACACACUCACAAACACGAGUUCAUACAUAAGCCAUUGUGUAUCUGUGAUAGAAAAUAAUGAAUAAUGUACUGUUGUUCACAGACUUGCUCUCCCCUCACACUUGCUGUUGUCCCUGUAGUUGAAUUAAAAUGUUCUAUCUCCUUACAAAGAUAAACACAAUUUAAAGUCUGG